CUCCUCUUCCCCUUCGACGCUCGAGAAAUCCGCUCCACCACCCCCUUCUUCUCCGCAUUCCUCGUCUUCUUCUUCCUCGUCUCUUCCUUCUCUCCUUCCUUCCUUCGUUCCUUCUUGUCUUUCUCUUUUCCUUCUUUUCUUCCUUUUCUAAUUGCAGAAGCUCCUGCGCGCCGCGACCGCCAUGAGCAAUGCCGCGCUCAGACCCUGUUUGACCAUCAGCAUCAUUUUCUUCUUCUUCUUUCUUUUCUUCUCGAUCUCUUCCCUUCCCGUUUUGGGGCAGGAUGACGAUGGCGGUAAGGAGAUGAAUCCUGCGCUCCUCACGUACCUUACGAGCAUGACCUACAACCGGCUCUCGAACAUUACAGGCAUCCUCAGCUCGGAGAUCACGAAGAAUUUCGAUUUCUGUAUCAAGAACCCGGAACUUGAUUGGAAUGGAGCGUUCAAUUUCUCAUCAAAUUUGACGUUUCUGACUUCUUGCGUACGCCAAACAAAUGGGGAUCUCAUGCGGCGCCUCUGCACUGCAGCCGACAUCAAAUUUUACUUUAAUAGUUUCUAUGAUAGUAGUGGAAAGAAUACUUUUAUCAAGCCGAACAAGAACUGCAACUUGUCUUAUUGGGUUGCUGGAUGUGAACCUGGAUGGGCUUGCAGUGUAGCUCAAGAUCAAAAAGUUGAUCUUCGUAAUUCUCAAGAAAUGCCUUCUAGAAGUCUUAAUUGCCAACCUUGUUGUGCAGGAUUCUUUUGCCCUCAUGGUCUGACUUGUAUGAUCCCUUGUCCCUUAGGUGCAUACUGUCCUCUUGCUAAACUCAACAAGACCACAGGGAUUUGUGAUCCAUAUCUUUACCAGCUGCCUCCUGGGAAAAACAACCAUUCAUGUGGUGGAGCAGAUAAAUGGGCUGAUGUUGGAAGCAGUAGUGAAGUGUUCUGUUCAGCUGGGUCAUAUUGUCCUACCACAACAGCAAAAGUUCCUUGCAGUAGUGGACAUUACUGCAGGAGGGGUUCCACAUCUGAAAGAAGAUGCUUCAAAUUAACUUCUUGUGAUCCAAACACUUCUAAUCAAAAUAUCCAUGCUUAUGGAGUCAUGCUUUUUGCUGCAUUGAGUACUUUGCUGCUUAUUAUCUACAACUGCUCCGAUCAAGUUCUGACAACACGGGAGAGAAGAGUAGCUAAAUCUAGAGAAGCUGCAGCUAGAAGUGCAAGGGAGACUGCCCAAGCCCGUGAAAGAUGGAAAGCAGCGAAAGAUAUUGCUAAGAAGCAUGCAAUUGGCCUGCAGACACAGCUGUCUCGAACAUUCUCUCGCAAGCGCUCUGUCAAACAGGAGGAACUUAAGACAAUGGCUCAAGCCAGAACUUCUGCGGACUCCCUAUUGCCACAUGUGUCUCCAGCUAGUUCGUCAAAUGCAUCUUCUGCAGCAUCAACAUCAAAAAAGGAGCCCAGUAAUCUCACUAAGAUGAUGCGGUCCAUUGAAGAUGAUCCGGAGAGUACUGAAGGAUUUAAUUUGGAAAUCGGUGAUAAGCACCACAAGAAGAUGCCAAAACCUAAAACCAUGCAGACUCGGAGCCAAAUUUUCAAGUAUGCAUAUGGACAACUUGAAAAGGAGAAGGCCAUGCAGCAGCAAAAUAAGAACCUAACUUUCUCGGGGGUAAUCUCAAUGGCAACUGACACUGAAAUCAGGACCAGGCCUACAAUUGAGAUUGCUUUCAAGGAUCUUACUCUUACCUUGAAAGGGAAGAGAAAACACCUAUUAAGAUGUGUGACAGGUAAAAUCAUGCCUGGCCGUGUUUCUGCACUUAUGGGCCCUUCAGGUGCUGGGAAAACAACUUUUCUUAAUGCACUGGCUGGCAAAGCUACUGCUUGCACAAUGUCUGGUAUUAUUCUUAUAAAUGGCAAGAUGGAAUCAAUACAUUCAUACAAAAAGAUCAUAGGAUUUGUUCCCCAAGAUGAUAUUGUGCAUGGGAACCUGACGGUAGAGGAGAACCUCUGGUUCAGUGCAAGAUGCAGACUAUCUGCCGAUUUGCCUAAAGCAGACAAAGUUCUAGUCGUUGAACGAGUUAUCGAAUCAUUAGGCUUGCAGUCUAUCCGGGAUUCUUUGGUUGGCACAGUUGAGAAGCGGGGAAUAUCAGGGGGACAAAGGAAACGUGUAAAUGUUGGGUUGGAAAUGGUCAUGGAACCUUCCUUAUUGAUCCUAGACGAGCCAACAUCUGGGCUAGACAGUGCAUCAUCACAGUUGCUUCUCAAAGCUCUUCGCCGCGAGGCUCUUGAAGGUGUUAACAUUUGCAUGGUUGUUCACCAACCAAGCUACACUUUAUUCAGGAUGUUUGAUGACUUAAUUCUUCUAGCUAAAGGUGGCCUGACUGUAUACCAUGGAUCUGUGAAGAAAGUUGAAGAGUACUUCUCGGGUCUUGGGAUAAAUGUGCCAGACCGUGUUAAUCCUCCUGACCAUUUUAUCGACAUUUUGGAAGGAAUAGUAAAACCAAGCCCAAAUGCUAAUAUGAACUAUAAGCAACUUCCUGUCAGAUGGAUGUUGCAUAAUGGCUAUGAAAUACCACCUGAUAUGCAGGCCAGUAUUCCCGGCACAAACCCAUCUUCAGCUGGUGGAGCUUCAUCUAGUCAAGCACAUGAUGCUGGAAUUCCAGCCCAAUCAUUUGCCGGAGAACUAUGGCAAGAUGUCAAAUUCUCUGUGGAGCUGAAGAGGGAUAAUAUACAACAUAACUUUCUGAAUGCCAUGGAUUUGUCUAAUCGUCAAACACCAGGUGUUGCUAGGCAAUACAGAUACUUUCUUGGGAGAGUUGGUAAGCAGCGUUUGCGUGAGGCUCGGAUACAGGCCAUGGAUUUCUUGAUCUUGUUAUUGGCUGGAGCUUGCUUGGGAACACUUGCCAAAGUGAACGAUGAAACAUUUGGAGCACUUGGGUACACAUAUACGGUGAUUGCAGUCUCUCUGCUGAGCAAAAUUGCAGCUUUGAGGUCAUUUUCUCUUGAUAAGCUGCAGUACUGGAGAGAAAGUGCAUCUGGCAUGAGCAGCCUUGCUUAUUUUCUUUCGAAAGACACAAUUGAUCAUUUUAAUACUCUGAUCAAACCCCUUGUCUACCUGUCAAUGUUUUACUUCUUCAACAACCCAAGGUCAUCAUUUCUGGAUAAUUAUGUUGUUCUGGUUGCACUUGUGUACUGUGUGACUGGUAUUGCUUACCUCUUUGCGGUGCUCCUUGAGCCUAGUCCUGCCCAGCUGUGGUCUGUCCUUCUUCCUGUUGUUUUAACUCUGAUAGCAACACAGGAAAAAAGAAGUGGAGUUGUGAACACGUUAGCAAAUAUGUGCUAUACUAAGUGGGCUUUGGAGGCUUUUGUUAUUGCAAAUGCAGAGAGGUAUUCUGGAGUUUGGUUGGUGACACGCUGUGGUUCGCUUAUGAAGAGCGGGUACAACCUCAAGUCCUGGUCACUCUGUAUUGCCAUCCUUGUUUUAUAUGGAAUGAUCACCCGGCUUUUAGCAUUCUUCUUCAUGGUGACGUUCCAAAAGAAGUAGAUCCAGUUUAGCAUUUCUUAUUUCAUGUAAAGCAGGAAGUUAGUUGUGGCGGCAUGUUGACUGUUGCUCUUAUUGCAACGAGAGCCCAACCUCCUUUUGUAUGUACUUUUGGGGGCUGUUCAGGAGAGCUGUAGAUUGGCUAUAAUUUGUAAAAAUUCAGCCUUGUAUAGAUCUCAUAUGGAACACGUUCUUUUAUUCGUUAAACCAA